CGUACUUUUCUGAUAAAAAUUGGCGGCCAUUGAGAUAAGAAUUUCAACAGGGUGAAGCUGAGGGAAGCACAAAGCCAAAAAUGUGGUGCAUGCCCGCGCAAGACACCCGAAUAGAUGUGAUAACACAGGCAUGGAACAUCCUCUGCGAUGCUCCGAAGAACCGAGUGGAGAAAUCGCGACUGGUGAAGCAGGUGCUGAAAUUUUGCAGUGCUGAUCUGAACGUUUCGGAUAUCGAGAAGCAACUGUCGGUGGCCAAAGCGGAGGGUUUGCUGCAAGAGACGAGCACCCCGACACGGCGUAGCAGCAACAAUUCGAAACCAGCCUUCACGCAGUGGUACACGCUUCCGGCAUGGCAGGAACACACAUUUUUCGCCGAUCUGCACGAUCGCUGGUGCUACGAAUGUCACACGUCCAAGCAGGAAAAUAUGAUAAAGUGCUGUAGCUGUUUGCGCAGCUUCCACUCCCAUUGCGUCAAAUCGUUUCUCGAGAAACAGCUCGAAUUGGAACGGUUCGUUUCGGAUAAGCGCAUCACCUUUUCAUCGUACGGUGCUAGCGACAGCCGCUCCGCUAGCCGUCAGUCGGUCCAGUCACCGGUUACCACGGUGACGACCGAGCGGGAAAGCACCACUUCAACGAUGGAUGGUUCCGAAUCGCCCACGGUGGAACCGAACCUGGGCGAGAGUGUGGCCGAACCAGAGGAUACGGAGGAUGGAGAGAAAUUCCGCACCACAGCCGGCACAUCACCGCAGCUCAACAGCGUCAAGCAGGAGGAUUCCAUGGAAACCAUCCCGAUUCUGCUCGCCGAUGGAGCACAGUUUGUUGGCGUUGUACGGUCUCCCGAUCGGCUGUUGAGCCAGCGGCUUAACCAGCCCCCCGUGAAACCGGAAGAUGAUGGCCCAAUGGAGCUAUCGGAUAAUGAGGAUAUGAUGAUGAUCAGCUGCUUCCCUUGUCGGCUGCUGCAAAACCCCUCGAAGCUGAAGACUUCGAAGGAGGAGCUGAACUAUUUGCUGAAUUUCGUAGUGAAAUCUCAUGAAUCAUGGCUUCCUGAGGAUACGUUCUCGAAGAAUAAGCUGGCGAAAUCGCACAAACCACCACUGCAUCCAACCACGAUCGAGAUCUGCAAAAAGAUGAUACUAAGCCUCCCGAAAUCGCUGGCCGACAUCCACGAGACAAUUGCACAACAACGAUAUACCAUGAUCGAACAGUUUCUGGUUGAUCUACGGGACAUCGUCCACAAUAUGGGCAUCAUCUAUGGGGCAUUGUCGGUGGAGUAUGAUGCAGCGCUAUAUCUGCUUGCCAAUUGCCAGUACGAUACCGACGAGCUACGCCGAUGUACGGACUGCUUCCGACAUUCGAAUGAGAAAAUUGAACCGCACUGGUUUGCCAGACCCUGUACCUACCGGCAUGAGGUAGUGUUUGCCAAGCAGAAAAGCUUCCAGUACUGGCCAGCGAAGGUCCUGCUGGUCACGAACGACAAGUACGAUGUGCGCUUCUUCGGCAAACCGCAUUCGCGGGCCCUGUUGCAGUCGCAGUUUGUGAAGCCAAUCGACUCGGAUCAAGCGAUGCUCAAGAUUAACCCGAAGCGUCCCGGGUUCAAGCAAGCGAUGCAGGAGCUUCAUAUGUACCUGGCUCUUCAGGAUGGGCCAAGGCAAAGCUUUGCCUUUGGAACAACUUCUUCCCGUAUCGCUGCAAUCGAAAACACACCAGAAGUUGCAUCACCGUCAGUACCAGUUGCACCGGGUCGUAGCACUCCAGUCAGAGGAAGGGCGUCGAAACGACGACUAAGUCCACCCUUAACCGGUAACCUGAGGGGAGCGAAGAAGACGGCUAAUGGCCCACUAGUGCAUGUGGACAAUCCCGCAGCCACACCCGCCAACAGAUAUGAAGAACCAAUGCAUACGCAAAACCAAUCCUCUUUCGUUGAUAAUAACAACAUCACGGAUACGGUGUCUCAAUCGCCCCUCGGCAGCAACGCACCGAUCCGGUUGCCACGAACGAAGCAAAACCUAAGAAUGCAGCAGCGCAAUACCGAUUGGGUAAAAGAGAAACUUGAUAAUGCACACGAUCUGGAAACUGCCAAGAAUGUGGCCAUAAAAUUAAUCACCGAUAUGCGAUCGAAGAUGACCGAGAGGGAUCAACAGCUGCGGGCGGAGAUUGAGGAGCUCAAGAAAAGAUGUGCGGAAGCGAAAAGCAAACGAUGGUGUAGCGUAUGUAAUGAGGAGGCCUUUCUGGAAUGCUGCUGGACAACGGCCUACUGUUCGCUGGAUUGCAAGCAAAGGCACUGGGCCGAACACCGUAGUGCGCACAGUCAGCAGCCUACAACGCGGGUGCGUCUGCAGCCGUCGAAAUGAAUCUUCUUU